CAUCCACCUGUUGUGUAGAUAGCUCGUAACACCGCUUAUGACAAGACAUGUGUCGUGUUCCCACAAGCUUACAAGAUGGAAGAUAAAACCAGAUUGCACAGCGAGGUGAAAUGGACGACGUUGUUAUUGCUAAUACUUCUACCAGAGAUAAAUGGCCUGGAAUAUGCAUCCUAUUACCAGGACCAUAUGGUCCUUCAGAGGGCGCCACAGAAAGCGUUGAUAUGGGGAUAUGGACGCCAGAUUGGAGAUCAAGUUACUGUUGAAAUCUCAAAGACAGGAUCUGUUCACACACGAAUCAUCAAAAAUACGAAUGGAACGGGUGGCGUUUGGCAGGUUAAGCUCCCAGCAGUUUCUGACACAGGACCUUUCAUCAUUACUGCAUCUUCCCAAGAAGGAAAUGUAUCGAUACAUGAUGUAUUAUUCGGAGACGUUUGGAUGUGUCCCGGACAGACGGACAUGGCCUUCCCCAUGUCCCAGAUAACCAACAGUACAAAUGAGAUCAAGAAGGCAAUGGAAUACAAGCAUCUCAGGGUACUAAAACCUAAAGAUUACCAGUCUGCAACUGCGCUGGAUGAUCUGAAAGGCAUCGACAUCAACUGGACAACCCCUUCAAAUGCGUCCUUGGGGAACUUUUCGGCAGUAUGUUGGCUCUUUGGCGAAUAUCUUUACUCACACACAAAACACCCAAUUGGAUUGAUCCAAGUGACAUUUCCUGAAGCAACACACUCUUCGCCAGAGAGGAAAGUUAAUAAUGAAAAGUUGAUACACUUUCCACGCAGUAUUCCACCCAUAGACCCCGGAUCCUGGAAUGGCCUGAUCUACCCGCUGUCGCACAUGGUUACAUUUGGCAUCAUAUGGUAUCAAGGAUCCGGCAAUCUGAAGUCAGAUUUCAACUAUGGCUAUGAUUUCAUAGUCAUGAUGUCAAACAUGAGAACACUCUAUAGAUCCAAGACCCUCAACGAAACAAGCAGCAGCAUGCCGUUUGGUAUCGUCCAGAUGGGACCAAUAACAGCACCUGCGUACGCCUCGGAGGCAGGUAGUUUCAGAUGGAGUCAGAGUUUCGACUAUGGCGUUGUCCCAAACGGUAGACAGACUGACGCAUUUAUGGCUAUAACUGCUGACCUGAUUGAUCCUCAUUCCCCAUAUGGACAAGAUCAUCCACGGUGCAAGCAAAUCGUUUCAGCAAGAUUGAUGUUGGGGGCGCUAAACAUCGCCUACGGUGACAAGGACAUUGAAUUCCAGGGCCCAUAUCCAAAUAAUAUAACUUUUGUCAAGAACGUAACCAAGUUGAUGCGGAUACAGUAUGACCAGGUCAUUGUUGUGCGAUCCAGGUUUGGUUUUGAGUUCUGCUGUUCAAAUUCAAGUUCCGAAAAAUGCUACGACACAGACAAGCAUAUUCCAGCACCUAUAUUGUUCCAUGACGAGACAUCUGUGACCAUAUCGUACGCUGGCUGUGGGAGCGACUGGGUAGUUGGUAUCUCCUAUGACUGGUCCGGAAGUCCCUGUGAAGCAUACCAGCAGUGCGCCAUCUACAGUAGAGCAUCGGGGUUACCUGCCCCUCUUUACAUCAAUGGGUGGCCUUGGUAUACUCGGCCUAACUGAAACAACUGUAUUUGUAGCCCACGGGAAGAUAAAUAAUGUUUCAAAUA